GCGUAAGCGUUCGGUUCGUAAAUUUUGUCUCGCUCGUUGGUGUCGUAUGUCAACCUAAAAAAAAGUUUAUUUUUAAAAUUAAUCAUCGACAUUCGCACAACGACUCCUUCAAUUCUAUGAUAUAUCGAAUGAGGGUAGAAAAAAAAAUGGGGAUAUAGUAAUUAGUGAAAGAAAAUUUUACAUAGUGAUUCAAUGGUGUGACGUUUAAGAAACACGUGCCUAAUUAUUGUCGAUUCAAAAGUUCCUGUGUAUGUGUGUGUGUAUGUGUAUAUAUAUAUAUAUAUAAUAUAUCUUUUUUGUUGAGAUUAAUAAAAAAAAAAAGUCAAUGGAUUGUUUUAACAAUUAUAUGUGACGAAAGUUAAAACGAGAAAGGAUAAAAGACAAAAAGGAAGAAAAGAAAGGGAAACGUGUUUAUCUCGUGGAUUAUCUGUGAUUUAUAAAUCGUGAAAGAAUCAUUGAUCGAAAAGAAACGGGCCAUAUCGUUGGAACGAAUCCGACGUCCCUUCGUUGAUCGCAAUUUCGUUGUUAUUUUUUUUUUCUCUCUCUCUCUCUUUCACUCUUUCCCCUUUCUCCGGCAACGAGCACACGAGAAAUGUCCCACGCCGUCCGCUCCGCUUUCGUUUAGUCACGGGCCAUCGUGCGGAAAUCACAGCCGUCGAGGGUGGUGUAAUCGUUUAUCGAUUCUACGCUCCAGAAGAGAGAGAGAGAGAGAGAGAGAGAGAGAGAGAGCGCAAGAGACGACGACAACAACGACGACGACGACGAGGAGAAGGACAAGUUCGACGGGAGAAGUGUUAUAUUUCUUUUUUUUUCUCUCUCUCUCUUUCGUUCAACAACGUCGAUCGUCUUUAAAGAUCGAGAAAAACAAUCUGCGAAACAACGCGAAGACGCUCGAUGUUUUCCUAUUUUCUAUCUUCUCGAUUUAUUUCUUAUUUUUCUCACGCGCAUAUAUGCACAUACGUAUGUAUAUAUGUCAUUCCAAAAAAGAAAGAAAAUAUUUCAUCGUAUCAUUGACAAAAUUAUGGUUUAAUUUUAGUACGUGCGCGUUGUCCUUCUUCUUUACAUGAUACGACGAUGUUGUGGUGAUGGUGGUGAUGGUGAUAGUGAUGGUGGUGGUGAUGGUCGCUGAAAGUAGCACCUUUGUAACUCGCGUUGUACCAUCCAUCGACGUCGCGUGGCCUUCCCUUUGAAGUAGUUUCCAAACCGGAAGGAUCGACUUUGUCUCUCUUCCCUUCGGUCGAAUCGUCUUUAUUGGGAAGAAAAAAAGAAAAGAAAUAAAGAAGAAGAAGAAGAAAUAUAAACGAAUAAAUAAAUAAAAGGAAAUAUAAAAAUUAAGGUGAAAGGAAGGGAAAAAAAGAAGGAGGAUAAAUUUAAACGGAAAGAGAAAGAAAAUAUAAAUUCGUCUACGGUUAGUGGUGAUAACUCUUUCGCGAUAGUAAUUUUCUUUCCCAUUUUUCACCCGUAUGAAAGUGAACGGUGAAAGAUCAGCUCGAUGUGCGAUCCCACGGCUUUAUUGGAUCUAGUGCCGAGCGAAGGAUUACUCAAGAGGCCCUCCAUGGAUUACAACGAGUAUACGUACUGCUAUGGUGGUGGUCGAGGGUGUUUAUUGGACAAUUCGGCACCACGGGGCCCGCCCGAUGUGCCACCCCGUAAUCCUACAAUGAGCCGUCUUAACGGAAGACUGCCAGGAAGUCACGCAGCAAGCGAUCACGAACGCGAUCCCGAUCUCGAGCCAUCCUGUCUCGUACGCACCCCAUCCGGUAACUUCUACAAUAUACCAAAGAUACCGAAGAAUGAAUACAACAAUAAGAAUCAAUCGACAGGGAAUAGUCCAAUAAAAGUCGAGCUGCAAAACAACAUGGACAGAGUACCUUUACCUUACGGUCAUGCCCCAUCGAUGAUCCCGAUGAGGAGACAAAGCAUUCGCUGCCAUUUCCGCAAAGGAAUCGAUUGGUGCAGCUGGAAACUAAUUGCGAUAGUUGUAAUUAUGCUCUCCCUUUGCUUAACGGCAGCAUUGACCUAUGUCGCAGCUUCGAACAUAGUAACCUGGUCUUAUCAAGGUACGAAAGCGUGCACAGUAUUAAUCGGUGACAACACAGACGUAAAAUCACCGACGAGCGAGUCGAACAAAACGUCCACAUCGACGGCAACGACGUCAUCACAAUCGGGCAGUGGUAGAACGCGACAGCUAACACCGGCAGGAGGUAAUAUCAAUCCCUGGGCUAGCAUGCUAGAUCGUUCUGUGUAUUCUCGUAAACGUAGAGACGUCAUAUUUAACCGGCAUGCAACUGUAUUAUCGCACGACAUUUCCUCAAUCACCAAAUCCCAAAAUUUCCUUGGAGAAGUCAAGGGAUAUACGGUAACAUCUACCACAUCGAAUACGUUGCAUGAGAAUAAUCAGGGUAAGGUUGUCUUUAUGCAUGACACGGAACAUACGAAAGUGCCUAAUCUAAAUGGAAAAUCCGACGAAGCGGCUUCGUUUCCCGAGGACACGGAAAAGCUUGAAAGAAUGGAAGAAUCAACGAGAACUUAUCCCUUGGGAACAAUGCCGCUAGUCGUUCCUGUUUCUGACCCUUCCAUUAUCGCUGCUAACUACUCGCACUAUGAUACUACAACUACCGCUAUCGUAUCUGUUUCUGGGUCUUCGUUCUCUACUAGCUCUGAUCCUUAUCAUUCGAUUCGCUAUUUCUCUUCUUCAUCCGAGAAAUCAUCUUCUCGUGAAUUGUACGAAACAAAGGACUUUAUUACCGAAGAACCAUCAUCCACUUUUCAUACAACGAAUCGUCGAAAAUACGAGGCGAACACUUUGAUGUCUUCCAUUGAAAGCAACAAAGAUUUCCCAGGAGUUCCACCGAUAGUAGUAGAUGAAAUACCUUACGACGAUGGAGUUUCAAUGAACAUUGAAAAUCGUAAUAUGAUAGAUGAUAGUAUAAUACAACCAAUGUUAGAAACCAGUACUGUAGAACUAACGGAUAAUGUAGAUUCGAGUAUUGGUAGUAAUGCUAUACUUCCUGACACCGUUCCUAACCCAGGAAAUCGAUCGUCUAAAGUAAAUAGCUUUAGCACGGAUAUGGUGAACGAUCUUGAAGAAUACGCCGGUAUAGAAAGUAGUAGUGCUUCUUCGCUAGAGUUAUCUACUACUAUAGAUAUUCAGAAGGAAAACGAGAGCAGAGAAACGUCCUCGAUUCGAGCCAACGAUUUUAAUUGGAACGAGACGAGUACGACGGAAAAAAGAAAUGAGAUCACUAAGAUCGAUCGAAUUGACAAACGGGAAAAUAGUUCGAUUCGUGGGGACAAGUUGUCUAUGAAAAUUGUAGAAGAGACUGCGAACGAAUCUCAAGAUCGAGAACAUUGUCCUGACACUUCCACCGUUGUAAAGGAGACACGAGAAUUGUCUCGAGAGGAUUCUUCGUCUGAGUCCGUCGAAGAUCCUUCUGGACCGAUAAAGACCUCCGAGAAAUCUGAAGAACUUCAACGAGAUUAUCCCAUACCGAUUUACAGCUACGGACAGGAUGAGGUUGAGAUUGUGAAAUUAAAUCACGGCACGAAAUCGGGUACAACGACAAAGACAAGGACGGUUUACAAACCAAUCGAUAAUACUGAUAAGAGAUCCGACAUACUUAAUAACGAAGUAAAAACACUUAGUAAAAAUCAUCAAUUGGAUCAACGAAAAGAUGAUCUUAGGGUCGUAAUGAGAGAAGGUAGCGACGAAGAAUUUUUACGAAAAUUUGAAGAACAAUUUUAUAAAGAGGAAUAUUCCGAAAGGAACGAACCAAUAAUAAAGAAACCUAUUAAAAGUAACGGGCAAUUGGAGAACAAGGAAGAUAAUAAUACGCAUGAAAAAUCGCAUGAUUCGUCAAACAAUGCUUUCAAUGGGGAUACAAAGCUUCCGAUAGUUCAGCACGUGCAGAUCAUCGAAGUACCGAUCGAACGCGAUCACCGAUCAUCGUCGUCAUCGUCGUCAUCGUCGUCCUCGUCAUCGUCGUCCUCGUCAUCAACAUCAUCGACUCAUCGAGUACUCGUAAACGUGACGAUCGCGAACGGAGACUCAUCAUCGGGUGCUUCUCGGCCUCUCUACGUGCUUUCGGUCUCUGUACCAAUGGAAAUCGAGCCAGACGAUCAUUCAACGAAUUUUCAUGAUAUAAAAACAUCAUCCUAUUCUCAAAACGAUAAUCGAAAGAUAACCGAGAAUAUCGUUAACGUCGAACCGAUCGACGUAGUUCGUCUUCCACCUCCUCCUCAACCACCCGCUUCACCGCCACCCCCAAUUUGGGGUGGUGGCGAAUGUGAAUGCUCUUGCCCGUGCAUGGACUCAUCGUCUGACGAAUGGGACAAUUUUUCAGCGAUCGACGAAACUAAUCUCAUAUUCGAACAGGAUUUCGAUCAAAAUGAACUCUUGGAUAACAAUUCGAGUUCCUUCAACGUUCUUUCGUCAAUUCCAGAGAUCGAAGUCAAACCUACCGAUGAACUUGAAAUAAAAAAUGAAAAGAAAGUAAACCAAAUCAGUUUCGAGGAUUUGUUAAAGGGCAAUACCACGUUAACCUUAGAAGAUUAUUAUACCGAGGAGGACAACGAACCAACGACCGAGUCCUCCUCGACUUCCGAACCGGAAACAACUACCAACGAUGUUAUGUCGUGUUCUGCAACCACUUCACUACCCCCAGAGCCUAUUAUAUUGAUUCUUGAAGGCGCACGAACCUUCCCCGCUAGAUCAUUCCCGCCCGAUGGUACGACCUUCGCUCAGGUUGGCCUUGGACAAAAGCUCAGCAAAGAGAUUCAACCUUACAGCUAUUGGAAUAUGCAAUUCUAUCAGUCGGAAGCCGCCUACGUUCGUUUUGACUACAACAUACCACGUGGUGCGAGCAUCGGUGUAUACGCAAGAAGAAACGCUUUACCAACACACACGCAAUACGACCUCCUGGAAGUGCUCAGCGGAUUCAAAGCUCGGACCACCAGGGCGUCCCAUGUUAGUGUUAUUCCGUCUAUAAAGAAAGAAGUAACUCAUUAUAUGGAACCCGGUCAUUGGUUUCUUUCACUUUAUAACGACGAUGGCGAUCCUCAAGAAGUUUCCUUUAUUGCGGUUAUUGCCGAGGACAUGACCCAUAAUUGUCCGAAUGGUUGCAGCGGAAAGGGAGAAUGUCUUCUUGGUCAUUGUCAAUGCAAUCCUGGUUUCGGUGGUGAAGAUUGCAGCGAAAGUGUAUGCCCUGUUCUUUGUAGUCAACGAGGUGAAUAUAUUAAUGGCGAGUGUCAGUGUAAUCCAGGUUGGAAGGGCAAAGAAUGUUCCCUUAGGCAUGAUGAGUGUGAGGUACCAGAUUGCAAUGGUCACGGGCAUUGCACUAACGGAAAAUGCAAUUGCGUUCGCGGUUACAAAGGGAAGUUCUGCGAGGAGGUGGAUUGUCCACAUCCGACGUGCUCGGGUCACGGUUUUUGCGCAGAGGGAACGUGUAUUUGUAAGAAGGGAUGGAAGGGCGCGGAUUGUAGUCAGAUGGAUAAGGAAGCAUUGCAGUGUCUACCAGAUUGCAGCGGUCAUGGAAACUUCGAUCUCGAAACUCAAACUUGUUUGUGCGAACCUAUGUGGUCCGGUGAUGAUUGCUCAAAAGAACUAUGCGAUUUGGAUUGCGGUCCUCAUGGUCAUUGCGUGGACAACGCCUGUGAUUGUUUACCCGGUUGGUCCGGAGAACUUUGCAAUCUGAAACAAUGCGAUCCACGAUGCAACGAGCACGGACAGUGUAAGAACGGCACAUGCUUAUGCGUCACCGGUUGGAACGGCAUACAUUGUACGAUGGAAGCGUGUCCAAAUGCCUGUUCAAGUCAUGGACAGUGCAGAGUCAGCUUUUACGGUCAAUGGGAGUGCCGUUGUUACGAUGGCUGGGAUGGAAAGGAUUGCAGUGUUCCUCUUGAACAAAAUUGUAACGACGGACGAGACAAUGACAAAGAUGGUCUCAUCGAUUGCGCCGAUCCCGAGUGCUGCUCGAACCAUUUAUGCCGAAGCAGUCAGCUUUGCGUGUCGGCACCGCAACCGAUCGAUAUACUUCUACGAAAGCAACCACCAGCGGUAACUGCAUCCUUCUUCGAAAGGAUGAAAUUUCUAAUAGACGAGGGCAGUCUGCAGAACUACGCUCGUCAGGAGACUUUCAACGAGAGUAUGUUCUGGAAUCACUUCAACACAAGUCGGUCCGCCGUAAUACGUGGUCGAGUUGUCACGCACCUUGGUACCGGACUAAUGGGAGUACGUGUUAGCACGAGUACACCUUUGGAAGGCUUUACCCUGACAAGAGACGACGGUUGGUUCGAUCUACUGGUGAACGGAGGUGGUGCAGUGACCUUGCAGUUUGGGAGGUCACCUUUCAGGCCGCAAAGUCACAUCGUCUUCGUCCCAUGGAAUGAGGUCGUGAUAAUCGACAAAAUAGUAAUGAGUACGGCUGAGGAGAAACCACCGGUUCACGUGCCACACGCUUGUGCGGCUCAUGACUACGACUUGAUGAAACCUCUUGUCCUGGCAACGUGGAAACAGGGCUUUCAGGGUGCUUGUCCUGAUAAAAGCGCCAUCUUGGCGGAAUAUCAGGCCAUACAGGAAAGUUUGCAAAUACCCGGGACUGGUUUAAAUCUUGUAUAUCACAGUUCAAGAGUUGGAGGUUAUUUAUCAACGAUACAAGUCCAAUUGACCCCUGAAACGAUACCACCCACUCUCAGUUUAGUCCAUCUAAGGAUUUCGAUCGAAGGAAUCCUUUAUGAGAGGACAUUCGAGGCCGAUCCGGUGAUCAAGUUCACGUAUGCUUGGAAUCGAUUAAACGUUUAUCGUCAACGCGUUUAUGGGGUUACAACCGCGAUGGUUAAGGUUGGCUAUGAGUAUAACGAUUGCAAAGACAUCAUUUGGGAUGUUCAAACCACUAAACUCAGCGGCUACGACAUGGCAAUCUCAGAUGUUGGCGGUUGGAAUCUUGAUAUUCAUCAUAGAUAUAACUUCCACGAGGGUAUUUUACAAAAGGGAGAUGGUUCUAACAUAUAUUUGAAACAUAAACCUAGAGUCAUUCUUACUACGAUGGGUGAUGGUCAUCAAAGACCUUUGGAUUGUUACGAUUGUGAUGGACAAGCUUCGAAACAACGUUUACUCGCACCAGUUGCUCUUGCCACUGCACCAGACGGAUCCAUUUUCGUCGGUGACUUUAAUUUGGUUAGAAAGAUUUUAGUAGAUGGAACUGUCAGGACGAUCGUUCGACUAAAUGCUACUAGAGUCUCCUAUCGAUAUCAUAUCGCUAUAAGCCCACUCGAAGGUUCCCUUUACAUUUCGGAUCCAGAAUCUCAUCAAAUACUUCGUGUACGCGAUACAAGUGACUAUACUGAUCCUGAUCAUAAUUGGGAAACCGUCGUUGGAUCAGGAGAACGUUGUCUUCCAGGUGACGAGGCACAUUGCGGAGAUGGUGCAUUGGCAAGAGACGCAAAAUUGGCUUAUCCGAAAGGAGUUGCUGUUUCUAUAGACAACGUUCUUUAUUUUGCUGAUGGUACAAAUAUCAGAAUGGUGGAUAGAGAUGGUAUCAUAACAACAGUAAUCGGUAAUCAUAUGCAUAAAGCCCAAUGGAAACCAAUUCCUUGUGAAGGCACCUUAAACGUCGAGGAAGUACAUCUUCGUUGGCCAACGGAAUUGGCUAUCAAUCCGCUCGAUAACUCUUUACAUAUGGUCGAUGAUCACAUGGUACUUCAAUUGGCUCCAGAUGGUCGUGUAAAAGUUGUAGCAGGUCGUCCUUUGCAUUGUGCCUCACCAUUGUCAUCGUUCGACACCGAACUUGCCACUCAUGCCACUUUGGUGAUGCCUCAAAGCAUUGCCUUUGGCCCAUCAGGAAAUCUAUAUAUCGCUGAGAGUGAUUCUCAGCGAAUAAAUCGCAUAAGAGUUAUCGGCACGGAUGGUAAAAUAUCGCCGUAUGCCGGUGCUGAAUCCAAAUGCAAUUGCCUCGAACGUGGUUGCGAUUGUUUCGAAGCUGAUCAUUAUUUAGCGUCCACCGCAAAAUUCAAUACCAUAUCGUCCGUUGCGGUUUCACCUGACGGUGUCGUACAUAUCGGAGAUCAGGCCAAUUAUAGAAUACGUUCUGUUAUGGCAAGUAUACCCGAUGCUAGUGACGCCAGAGAAUAUGAGAUUUAUUCGCCAGAUACGCAAGAGAUUUACGUCUUCAAUAGAUUCGGUCAGCAUAUAGCUACUAAAAAUAUUCUAACAGGUGAAACGGUGUAUCUGUUCACGUAUAAUGUCAAUAGUAGUAAUGGCAAGCUCAGCACUGUCACGGAUGCGGCUGGCAAUAAAGUCUUCCUCUUACGUGACUAUAGUAAUCAAGUAACUUCCAUUGAGAAUACCAAAGGACAAAAGUGUAGAUUAAGAAUGACUAGAAUGUGGAUGUUGCAUGAAUUCAGUACACCAGAUAAUUACAACGUAACGUUCAAUUAUCAUGGGCCCACUGGACUAUUAGCCAACAAAUUGGAUAGCACAGGACGUGGUUAUGUCUAUGAUUACGACGAAUUUGGUAGAUUGACAAGCGUUGUUACUCCUACCGGUAAAAUGAUCAGUCUGACGUUUGAUCUUAGCUUGAAAGGAGCCAUUGUUAAAAUUGGACAAAAUAACAGAAAGCCCGUUUCCAUGCUGAUCAAAGGUUCCUCCGUCGUUACGAAAGUUGGUGAGGCCGAACAAAGAACGACCGUUCUUCCUGAUGGUUCUGUCGGUAUGGUUACACCUUGGGCUCAUACAGUUAGCACAGAUACUAUGCCAUAUUCGAUUCUCGCCGAAAUAGAACCGCUUCUUGGUGAAAGUUAUCCUGUACUUGCGAAACAAAGAACGGAGAUCGCAGGCGAUUUGGCCAAUAGAUUCGAAUGGCGUUAUUUCCUUAGAAAGGUUCAAGGAAACAAAAAUCGUGGCAAUUCAAAAGCCGUAGCACAAGUUGGUCGUAAACUUCGUGUAAACGGUGAGAUCUUGCUAUCUUUAGAAUACGACAGAGAAACUAAUACCGUCGCCGUUUUCAUGGAUGAUCGAGUGGAGCUAUUAAAUAUAACGUACGAUAGAACUGCACGACCAUUGAAAUGGGGUCCAAGAAAUGGAAUUUUUGCUGGCGUUGAACUCGAAUACGAUCGAUUUAGUAGAUUAACUAGUUGGACCUGGGGAGACAUAAGUGAAACUUAUGGUUUCGAUAGAGCUGGCCGAUUAUACGAAAUUAAAUAUAGCGAUGGAACGUCAAUGAUCUAUGCUUUUAAAGAUAUGUUCAGCAGUUUACCACUGAAAGUUACCACUCCACGUGGAAGUGAUUAUUUGUUACAAUAUGACGAAGCUGGUGCUCUUCAAUCUCUUACAACACCUCGAGGACAUAUUCAUGCGUUCUCCCUUCAAACAUCUCUCGGAUUCUAUAAGUAUCAAUAUUAUUCGCCCAUGAAUCGACAUCCAUAUGAAAUUCUUUACAACGACGAUGGACAGAUACUUGCUAAGGUUUAUCCACAUCAGAGUGGUAAAGUGGCAUACGUUUAUGAUCAUACUGGAAAAUUGGAAACCACUUUGGCAGGCUUGUCUUCUAUACAUUAUACGUAUCAAGAAACAACAAGUCUUGUUCGUAGCAUCGACAUCAACGAGCCAAAUUUUGAAAUGCGUAUUGAGUACAAAUAUCACGCAGGAAUUGUCAAAGACGAGAAAAUCAAAUUCGGAAGUAAAAGUGGCAUGGACAAUGCGCAUUAUCGUUAUCAAUACGACGGAAAUGCACGUAUAUCUGGUAUCGAGGUGGACAUCAAUGGAAAACAACUUCCACAGUUACGAUUAAAAUACAAUCAGAAUCUUGGUGUAUUGGAAGGUGUCGGUGAUCUCAGAAUCUAUAGGAACGUAUUCAAUAGAUCGGUCAUGCAAGAUAGUAGCAAGCAGUUUUUCACUGUCACAGAUUAUGACGAACAUGGUCGUGUUAAAACUGUUCUAAUGAACAUUCGUUCUCUGGAUGUAUUUAGAAUGGAACUCGAAUAUGAUAAUAGAAAUCGUAUCAAGAUGAGAAAAUUGAUGAUCGGUAAGGAUUCCAUGGAAAAGAAAGAAUGGUCUAGAAUGGAUAAGAUUACGUAUAACGCAGAUAGUCACGUACUUGAGGUAGCAGAUACGGAUAUAAAUUGGCAAUACGCAUACGAUGAGAAUGGUAAUAUAGUUGGUGUUACCGAACAUAACGAAAAGAUCGUAUUAGGUUAUGAUAGCGGAGAUCGGGUAGUUCAAUAUGGCGACGUAGAAUUUAAUUCUUACGAUGGCCGAGGAUUUGUCGUUAUUAGAGGAGAACACAAAUACAGGUAUAAUUCUAGAGGACAGCUUAUUCAUGCAUCGGAACACAAGAAAUUCCAAAUCUGGUACUUUUACGAUGAUCGUGGCAGAUUGGUAUCUUGGAACGACGAUCGAGAAAAUAUCACUCAAUUCUUUUAUGCCAAUCCAAAGACGCCAGAUUUGAUAACUCACGUACACUUUCCAAAAUCUUCUAAGACGUUCCGAUUCCUCUACGAUCAACGUGAUUUCUUAAUGACGGUCGAAACCUCCGAACAAAGAUUUUAUGUUGCAACCGAUCAAAAUGGUUCACCCUUGGCUCUUUUCGAUACCAAUGGAAAUCUUAUUAAAGAAAUGCGUCGUACGCCAUUCGGGAAAAUCAUCAAGGACACCAAUCCUGACUUUUACUUGCCCAUCGAUUUUCACGGCGGUCUAUUCGAUCCAAACACGAAAUUGAUAUAUCUUAACAAGAGACUAUACGAUCCAACCGUAGGACAAUGGAUGACACCUGCCUGGGAACAAAUGGCGAACGAGCUAACAACGCCAACCGACAUAUUCAUUUAUCGUUUCCGUAACAACGAUCCAAUCAAUUUCAAACAGAACGUCGAAUACAUGACGGACUUGGCAAGCUGGCUUAAACUUUAUGGCUACGAUAUCUCUUCAAUGCUCGGCUCUGAAUAUACAAAACAAAUGGUUUAUCAACCAAGUGCUACGAUCACCUCUCCACAAUUAACUCCUGAUUUUGGUGUUAUGUCAGGAUUACAAUGUAUCGUCAAUCGUGUUCAUGAAAAAUUCUCCGAUUUAGGAUUUGUACCAAAGCCUUUAUUAAAAUUGGAACCUAAAACGAGAAAUCUUCUUCCAAGAGUAGCACAUCGCCGUGCGGUAUUUGGUGAAGGAAUACUUGUAUCUAGAGUCGGUGGUAGAGCAUUGGUUAGCGUUGUGGACGGUGUUAACACUGUUGUCCAAGACGUGGUGACGUCGGUCUUCAACAAUUCUUAUUUCUUGCCUCUUCACUUCAGUGUACACGAUCAGGAUGUCUUUUAUUUUGUCAAGGACAACGCCUUAAAAAUCCGAGACGAUAUGGAAGAACUCCAAAGGCUUGGCGGUAUGUUUAAUGUUUCCACUCACGAAACAACCGAACACGGAGCAGGAACGUGGAAGGAAUUGAGACUUCAUAAUCCAGAUGCAGCGGUUGUUAUAAAAUAUGGUGCAGAUCCGGAACAAGAAAGGCACAGGAUAUUGAAACACGCUCAUAAACGAGCAGUCGAGAGAGCAUGGGAAAUAGAAAAACAAUUGGUAAUGGCUGGUUUUCAAGGUAGAGGGGACUGGUCGAAAGAAGAAAAAGAUGAGCUUUUAAAUCGUGGCACCGUUGAUGGUUACGAAGGUGUCGACAUUCACAGUGUCCAUAGGUAUCCCCAAUUAGCCGAUGAUCCUGGUAACGUAGCAUUCACCAGGGAUACCAAGAGGAAAAGACGAAAGAGCGGCAAUAGACGUAGCAGAAGCCAUAGGCACGACUCGUGAUUCGAAAGGACAAUGCGAGCUCGGGAGAUCCUUUGGGACUUGAUUCGCGUGCCCGCGUGAAUCUCGUGGUGAAAAUAAGUGAUGGCAAGGAGAAAGGAAACAAAUGAUAAUAAUCUUUCUCGCUAUCUCUUCUCGACGCACUCAAGGGGAGUAGUAUUAUGAACGUUGAUAUGGUGAAUUGGGAUUGGGAAAUUUGAGGGAUAGAGAGAGAGAGAGAGAGAGAGAGAGAGAGAGAGAGAGAAAAGAGGAAGUGGCGGCAUAGGAAAAGUGAAGGAGAUGGGAUAGGGAAAUUUAAAAAUGUACAAUCUCUCUCUCUUGAUCGUUCGCUCCGCGUCCAAUGACGUGUCAACUAAAAUCGUGCAUAAAUCCUAAAUUCCGGUAAAAGGAAACGCGUUAAAUUUGUAUUCUUUAUAACGAUUAUUCUCUUCUCGUUGCUGUUGACAUAUUCGUUUCGGGAAAAAUAAUAAUAAUAAUAAUAAUAAUAAUAAUAAUAAUAAUAAUAAUAAUAAUAAUAAUAAUAAUAAUAAUAAUGACGAAACGAAUAAAGAAAUUUAAAGAGACUUCGGAUAUUGUUCUAUACAGUAUGAUCUCAAAAGGAGAAAAGGUUUUUAAAUCGAAUGAAGUGUUACGCAUAUACUUUAAAGGUGCCGUCCGUGACGAUUGAAUAUCUAGAAAAACGAGUGCGUGAUAAAGAGAGGGCGAGGAUACGGGAAAAGUAGAAUAAAAGAAAUAAGAAGAAGAAGAAGAAGAAGCAGAAAAAAGAAGAAAAAGAAGAUGAUAGUCUCGCAUAUUCGUUGGAACGUCGAUCAUUGAAAACGGGAUUUCGAAUAACGUGUGUGUCCUAUGUGAUCAUCAUCACAGGGUCUCUACGAUGUGACAUAUGAGUAAUAAAAUGACGUUUCGACGUUUGAUUAUCGAGACACGUACGUGUUCGUCCGAAGAUAAAACCGAGAGGAGUAUAUGAAUGAAGAUGAAAAAAAAAACAAAAAGAAAAAGAAAAAAAAGAAAAGAAGAAGAAGAAGAAAGAAAGAAAGAAAUACACUAGCGUACUUUCCCACACGUCAGAUAUUUUUAACAUGACGUAAUUAUGUGUAUUAGAGAAAGAAAGAGAGAAAGGGAGAGACAGAGAGAGAGAGAGAGAGAAGAGAGAGAGAAGAGAGAGAGACAGACGCGAGCAAUUGUAAAUAAAGCUAAUCGAUUAAUGGUAAAUGUAGAUAAUAUACAUAUGAACACACAUAUAUAUAUACAUAUAUAUAUAUAUAUAUAUAUAUAUAUAUAUAUAUAUAUAUAUAUAUAUAUGAACGCGAAACUCUCGGUUAAAACCGGGGGAUAGAACUGUCGAUAAAGAAAAAAAAAA